GAGACUUUCUUUCUCAGGACGAGGACCUUGCUUGAUCUGAUUCCAGAGCCUUCAGCAAGGAAGAAAGAUGUCAGAUGAAGAUGAUCUGGAAGCCUUUGAGCCAGACGAGGAUGAUCUGGAAAAGGAAGACGAUGAGAAGGAGACAGAGGAGUGGGAGGACUACAGGAAAGAGGGAGAAGACUUCACUGAGGAAUGGAUGCCCACUCCCCUCACGGAGGACAUGAUGGAGGAAGGGCUUUCUCUGCUGUGUAAGACAGGCAAUGGACUGGCUCAUGCUUAUGUCAAGCUGGAGCUUAAAGAGAGAGAUCUGACAGACAUCUACUUGCUGCGUUCCUACAUCCAUGUGCGCUAUGUGGAUGUUUCUGAGAACCACCUGACAGACUUGUCCCCACUCAAUUACCUCACCCACCUGCUCUGGCUCAAGGCUGAUGGCAACCGGCUGCGGAGUGCCCGGCUGAACGAGCUGCCCUACCUGCAGAUUGCCAGUUUUGCCUAUAACCAGAUCACUGACACUGAGGGCAUCUCUCAUCCUCGUCUCAGCAGCCUGGAUCUCAAAGGAAACCGCAUCCACAUGGUGACAGGUCUGGACCCUCAAAAGCUGAUCAGCCUGCACACACUGGAGCUUCGGGGGAACCAGUUGGACAGCACCCUGGGAAUCAACCUUCCUAAGCUGAAGAACCUCUUCCUGGCCCAGAACAUGCUGAAGAAGGUGGAAGGCUUGGAGAACCUUACCAAUCUCACUACCUUGCAUCUUCGAGACAACCAGAUUGAAACUCUGAGUGGCUUCUCCAAGGAAAUGAAAUCACUGCAGUACCUCAACCUGAGGGGCAACAUGCUGACCGACCUGAGGGAACUAGCCAAGCUUCGGGACCUGCCCAAGCUUCGAGCCUUGGUGCUGCUGGACAACCCAUGUACAGAUAAGAACGACUACCGCCAGGAGGCCCUGGUGCAGAUGGCACACCUCGAACGCCUGGACAAGGACUUCUUUGAGGAGGAGGAACGGGUUGAAGCUGAUGAGAUCCGUCAGAGGAUGAAGGAGGAACAGGAGCAGGAGGCUGAGCCUGAGCAUGACUUGGAACUGGACCAACCGAUGUAGCAGCAGUUGUUCUAGCCUCCAAGGAUAGAGAUCAAAGACACUGGCCCCAGGACCUGAGAAGGCUCCCAGUCAGGGGGGCCACCACAUUUACAGAGGAUGCCUUCUCUUUCCCCAGACCUGGGAAUUCAUCACAGCCUGCCGCCCAGACUCUGUGAAGGGCACCUGGGCAGUCCUGUG